AUGACUAACAAGCAAUUACCGUUUUCAAAACCUUUAGGCUUUUUCCCUCCCAAUCAAGGCAUCCCUAUAUCUCAAACUUACCCUACCACUGGAUCAUUCUCUUCUCAAACACCUGAUUUUUCAACAAUUGGAAUAUCAUUUCCUUCAAGAUCAACUCUCCAAGAGUUGGAAUAUGGAAUGGUGAGAGGGAUUGACGAGGAGUUGUUUGAGAUUUCAAAGAGUAAACCACACGUGAUUGGGAGAAUAGAAGGGUUUUAUGUGGAAAACAGUGAAGAGAAUAGUGGUGGGCAUAUGAUGGGUAUGACAAUGUAUUUUGGUAAGGGUGAGGCGAAGGAUGGAAUUAGGGUAUUUGGAGUGUAUAGGAGUGAUCAUGUGAAGGAGUCUCAUGUUGCUAUAAUUGGUGGCUUUGGCAAGUAUCAUGGUGCUAAUGGUUAUGCAACUUUGAAGAAAUCAUUUAGAACAAAGUUUGGUGGCAAAUAUAAUAAGUUCAUAGAAUUCAAUGUUUACUUGAGCAAAUAG